AUGGAGGGGGACUAUCGUGUGCGCUCCACCAACUGGAAUCCACGUUCAGUCCACGCAGACGUGUGUCCUUUGGGCUCUGGAAAUUCAGGGGAGACGUGCGUGCGCCCACACUUACCGUGCAAAAUCAUGCUUGGAGGGGAGGUUUCAUUUUUAGGACAAAUGAACUCGAGUUGCCCGGGAAGCGAGAGGUGGGGCAGGGAAUGGGAGCCGGAUGAGGUGAUACACGCUGUCCCUCCCCGCGCCACAGCCCAUCCUGCCUGGCUGGGUUUCUGGGCCGAGGCAGCAGCCGCAGCAAGUGCAGUUACAGGCGGGCGCCUGCGAACAAGCCCGAGCGAGCCCCUGGCAGUCACACUGGGCAUGCUCAGUAGCGCAGGCAGGUUGGGGGCUCAGCGCCUGGCCCCUGUUCCCUCUCCUCCUCUCUUCUCCCCUCCCCUCCCCUCCCUGGGCAAAAGGCCGGUCCGCCUCUCGCCUCCCCUCAGGCUCCCGAGGCGCCCGGCUCCCGGCGUGGCGGCGGCGGAGGGGGCGGGUUGGCCGGCGGACGGUGAUGUGGCGGGACUCUUUGUGCACUGCGGCAGGAUACGCGUUCGAGCGCAGGGACGCGGCUGCGCUCAGUUCUCUCCUCUCGGAAGCUGCAGCCAUGAUGGAACAGCCGCGGGGGCAGCGCCCUCGGGGAGCCGGCCGGCCUGCGGCGGCGGCAGCGGCGGCGUUGCUCGCCUCCUCUCGGGCUUCUCUUCUUUUAACCGUGCAGCCUGUUCCUCGGCUUCUGCGGAGAGGGAAGGUGGAAGCCGUGGGCUCGGGCGGGAGCCGGCGGAGGCUCGGCGGCGGCGGCGCCUCCCGCUCCUGGAGCGGGGGGGAGAAGCAGCGGCCGCGGCCGCAGCUCCGGGAAGGGGGUCGGAGUCGCCUGUCACCAUUUCCAGGGCUGGGGACGCCGGAGAGUUGGUCUCUCCCCUUGUACUGCCUCCAACACGGCGGCGGCGGCGGCGGCACGUCCAGGGACCCGGGCCGGUUUUAAACCUGCCCUCCGCCGCCGCCGCACCUCCCCUGGCCCGGGCUCCGGAGGCCGCCGGAGGAGGCAGCCGUUCCGAGGCUUGUCCGUCUUCUCCCCAUUCCGCUGCCGCCGCUGCCAGGCCUCUGGCUGCUGAGGAGAAGCAGGCCCUGUCGCUGCCACCAUCCAGCAACGGCGGCAGCAGCAGCAGCAGCCAUUACCCGGCCGCGGUCCAGAGCCAAGCGGCAGCAGAGCGAGGGGCCUCGGCCACCGCCAAGUCCAGAGCCAUUUCCAUCCUGCAUAAGAAGCCCCGCCACCAGCAGCUUCUGCCAUCUCUCUCCUCCUUCUUCUUCAGCCACAGGCUCCCAGACAUGACAGCCAUCAUCAAAGAGAUCGUUAGCAGAAACAAAAGGAGAUAUCAAGAGGAUGGAUUCGACUUAGACUUGACCUGUAUCCAUUUCU